CAUGGGCCUGGCAGCGAAUCAAGACGUCAGCCUUCCUGGUCAAAACGUCUUAGCCUCUCUCUGGCUUGCUGGCUCUUUUCUUCUUUCUUUAAAUCCCUUGCAAUCCUUCGGCCUGCAUAAGCACCGCUCGAACCCUCUGACACAUCCAAGGCAUGGUCGAUGAACCAUGUCGUUGAUGACAAAACGUCAACGCUCGGCUUGGACUAACGCUCGACUAAACGACUAAACGACGACUUUUUACGUUCAUACUUAUGGGAGGCUCCGGAUGGCCGAAGAUAAGGGGAAGGAUUUGAACUUCACUUUUUUCGCUUUCCUUUUUCUUUUCCAACAUGCCUCGCGAUUGUCAGUGAUAUCAAGGUAGCAGAGGCUAUGCGCUCUGUCUCCGGCCAAAACAUAAGGUUGCCUGAACGGGCCGGCGGAGUUAAUUAUCCUUAAUUUACUCUAUUUAUAGGUACUUUCGAUGGAUUACCAACAGAGACACUUUGCACAGCAUCUUCCGCCAGACAACCCACUCGCCAUAUACUGAUCGCCACGAUUUCCAACGAUAGCCAGGCAAGGGAGAGAUGAAAAAUGGUGAAUCAGGCUGCUUGGGGGCUAACUGCAUGUGCGGCAGGGCCCGAGGCAUUUUGUGACGCCUGCAACGUGUUGUUUCACCUUCUUCCACCGUCUUGACAGGGGACAAGCAACCUUCUGCUUGUUAGCGCCCUUCGGUGGACCAUCGCCAUUCAUUCCAGGCCUUCAGGGGAUCCAGAAAAUAUUACUUGAAUUGAUCCUUCCACUCUCUCCUUUUUUUUUCUCUUCGUGUCUUCCCGUUUGCUAUCUCUUUUUGUUUAUUGCGAUAGAUCUUCACUCUUUCGUUUACGAGCGUUUUGUCCUUCUUUUUUCUGAACAUUAUAUACCGUUGUCUAUCCCUUAUCAAAUCUACCCUGCAUCUCUCCAAUCCAUCUCGUACUCCGUCCGUUAAUUGUUGAUAUGAGUGACGAGAUUUCCUACAACCAGGAGCCGGCUCCUCACCCCCAGAAUCUUCGAGCUCAGAGCAAAACAUCCAGCAUGGAGACCAAGUGUGAACCGCCAAAGACCGGUCAAUCCACUCCUUCGAAGAUCACCCCUAGACCUACAUAUAUCAGUGGUGCAGCAGCUGCCUCAGACCUCAAGCUACCCCAGCAAAUGCUCUCCAAGAGAAACACCAUUGACAUAAACGACUAUUUCAAAGGACCUAGAAACCUCGAUAGGCAUUCGAAAUGGCCCCUAUUCCUUCGGGUUCAUGGCAGUGUCAUGCCACGAAUGAUUAUCCCACUGCUAUUAAUGACUUGCUGGUCAACUCUCAUUACAUGUGUAACUCGCCUGGGUGGUGUCCCUCUCGGCAUUGAUUCAACUCUUCUUACUGUUCUCGGUUUCGUCGUCGGUCUUGCUCUCUCCCUCCGAAGUUCAACUGCUUAUGAACGUUAUGGUGAAGGUCGCAAGUACUGGGCAUCUCUGAUGCAAAAUUCCCGCACUUUGGCCCGUAUCAUCUGGAUUCAUAAGACCGAGCGCGAAGGUGAAGAAGGAAAGGAGGAUAUCAUUUCGAAACUGACUGGAAUAAACCUUAUCGUGGCUUUCGCUGUUGCCCUCAAGCAUAAACUGCGUUUCGAGCCUGGUAGCGGCUAUGAGGAUAUCUCCGGCCUUAUUGAUCACCUUGAUACCUUUGCCAAAGCUGCUCACGACCCAGAUUUUGCAUCAGGGAAGAAGCCAGGCAUGAUGAAGGCUCUUGGCCAGUACUUGAGUAUUCCAAUGGCCAUGUCAAACCCACGCAAGCAAAUCAAGCGCUCCGAUAAGCCUCUAGGAAACUUACCAGCCGAGAUCCUCAACUACCUGUCCGCUUAUAUCCACGAGUCGUUAAUAAACGGUUCGAUUCCCAUGCCCGUGCAUCAGUCGCAAGCUGGUGCAUGUCUCAAUGCCAUGGAAGAAGUUAUGACCGGCAACGAGCGUGUGCUUAAUACUCCCCUUCCAUUGGCAUACACCAUCUUGAUCUCUCAAAUCACUUGGCUCUACGUUCUCGCCCUACCCUUCCAGCUCGUCAACAAACUUGAAUGGGUUGCCAUCCCUGGAACUAUCGGUAAGUGUUCCCGACCUCUCUUGAUCCUUCAUCUCCAUACUAAUGUAUAAUAGCUGCCACCUACAUCAUCCACGGCAUUGCCUCCAUCUGUGCCGAAAUCGAAAACCCCUUCGGUGAUGACGUCAAUGAUCUUCCCCUUGAUGUCUUCUGCCAACAACUGGCGGCUGACCUUGAUAUCAUCACCUCCACUCCACCAGCUAAGGCAGACGACUUCAUCAACCGCGAGCAUAACUAUGUUCUCUACCCACUUAGCAAGAGCAGUGUUAACAUGUGGAAGGAUCGCAGUGUGGAGGAUAUCCGCGCUGCUCUCAAGGCCAAAGCCACACUUACCCCUGCCAGACUCAAUGAGGCUGGGUCAAGAGACAUAGCUUUGGCCGUGAAGGGCCAGGAUGAAUCCAUUGCAUGAAACAGCAUUCUGGACACGCUGCGGAAUCCACGGUGAUAGGAGUGUGGUAGAGCUGCUCCCACUCUCCUUUACAUAGACAUGUGCGCUUUUGAAAAAAUCCCCCCCUCCCCCCUUCAAAAAAAAAAGUCCCACUACCUUUGGCCCAACAUCUUUUGCUUUCUUAGCCCUUAUUCCUACUCAUAUGUUGUUAUUGCUAAUUACCUCUACUGUUACUCGGUAUCAGCUCUUUGCUUUCUUUUUUGGUUUUAUAUAGCGUGGGAGUUGUGCAUGUUGUUGAAUGCUUUUUUUUGUAGGUCUGUCUGGAUCAUUUCGUCACUGUCCCGUCGGAUGUUUCAAAAUUAUAUACGGCAAAACAAAAUAGUCUGCCAAAUUGUCAUUCUGAAUGGAUAUUUCAUUAUGUUUGG